AUGACGCACCAGUUCCCGCCGACCUCCCAGCCCGGCAAGACGUCCGCGGCCACACAACCGGCCGCCGCCCCACAGGGCGCACUGGAAGAGGAGGACUACAGCGGGGACUUCACCGCAGACACAGAGGACGACCGGAUAGAGGCAGACCGGGUCAACGGACCCCGCGCCACCCCACAGACCCUCUCCGGCCAGGAGGGGAGGUCGGACUCUCAGGACGUGACCGAGGGGGUCAGCUCGGACAAGGGGGAACUCACGUCCGAGGGUUCGAGUCCCAGAGGCGGCCCGGGCGAGGAGGAGUGCGGACCCGGGGGCAAGGACUCGGCGGAAGUGUCCGCGGACGCCAACAACAAAUCCCGGAGCAAAGAUAGUAGCGGCGGGGGCGGAGAGUCUCAGGCCAACAAGAAGGGCAAGCCCAGGAAGCAGUUCACGAUGACCAAGAAGAAGAUGGAGGUCAUUGACCACAAGCUGCCCAACACUAAGGUGACGUCACGGCUGGCCGACUACAUCAACACGCCCCCGCCGGCCAAGCCCAAAGAGGAGAAGGAGAAGGAGAAGAAGGAGAAGUUCUCCAAGAACGCCAAGAACAAGAUGAAGAAGAACGUGUCGGAGACGCCCAAGUCUAAGCUGGACACGGGACGGACAUCUUUCUCCUCCUCCACGGCACCAGACGGCGGGAACUCCAGGGACGCGGGCGGGGAGAAGGUGGGAGACAGAGACGAAGGGGCGGACAAGACGGAGAAGAACCAGAAACCGGAGAAGAUCGUCGUGGAGAAACCGAAGCCGAAACCCGUGAAGAGAACCCCACCCAAGUCCAAGUGGGGAGACAUCAUGUCGCAGAUCUCCACCAGCAAAGACACCGCCAAACCCAAGCCCAAAUCCGAAAUCAAAUCCUCAUUGGCCGCCUACUUAAACACCCCGCCCCCUCAGGCUCCGCCCAAUACGGAGGCUAACAGCGUGGCCGUCAACAACGCUAAGAACGAGCAGCAGAAUCAAAGCCAAGCGCACAAGUUCAAGUCCAGGAUCAAACCGCUGCCUCCGCCGCCUCCCAAAAUUGACCUGAGCAAGGUCAAAAGUAAACUGGGCGUGCCCACGGCCGCCUCGGCCCACAAGGUGGUCAAACGGGACAGCUCACCGGCCACGCACAGCAACAAGGCAGGGGUUCAGAUCUCCAGGGACAACUCGCCCGCCAGAAAUCCAAACAGCGGGACCAGGUGAAAGAACAGAGCCGAGGUCGGAGGUCACAGAUCAAGAGCACCAUCCCUCCCUUCACUCCCGUGAAAGUCCCGUCCCGAGCCUUAGAGCUCAAGCAGGGAGGUAGGGCCUCUUCCGCCUCCUCCCAGCGCUCCUCCACCUCCCCCACUCCCCUCAUUCUGAAACCCAUUAAGCCUAAAACUACGACCAACGCCACCAGCAACAACCCUAGGACCAUCGUCAUAAACGCGAAACCGGUGUGGGGUGCGGGCAAGUCCCCCACCACCUUGACGAUCAAGGGACGCGACCCCUCGGGGAAUCGCAGUCGGAAAUCCAAUGUCAACGGAACAGCCAAGGGGGCUCCCCCCAGCAGCGCCCCUAACGCCCCCCGGGGCGGCCCCACCCCCAGCAGCGCCCCCCGGGGGACGUCCACCACCAGCAGCCAGAAGGAGAUCGUACGCCUGGAGUCCCUGUGUGAGGCGAGGACCAAGGAACUCAGUCAGGCUAGGAUGCAGCUCCGCGCUACAACACAGGCUUUUGAUGCCAUGUCUGUGGUGGUCAACUACUGCUGUGUGGAGCUGGACGCUUUCGAAUGUCCGACCCUGGCUCUCAAGUUAGAGACGGUGCAGAGACAGCUCAAGGAUUGCCUCACACAGAUAGCGGAUCUGACGAGCGAGAAGGACGCGCUUGACAAGAACCUGUCGGAGAUAAGUCAGCAAAAGGAGGAGGCCUCUAAGCUAGAACAGGAGGCACGCCACAAGGCACAAGCCGACCGGGAAGACCACGAGAAGGUGCAGAAGGACAUGGAGGACACGCACAACGCGGCGCUCACGGCGCAGAGAGACGAGCUCACCAAGCAGCAUAACGAAGCUGUCAAGAAGCUUCAUGACUUCCAUGACAAGCAGAUAGACCUUCAGAAACAGGCAUUUGACAGACAG